AUGAAUUUCUCUGACAUUAAAUGUGAUAUUCCUGAAUUGACUGGUGAUAAUUAUAAGAUCUGGAAGGAGAGGAUUCUCCUUCAUUUAAGCUGGAUGGACAUUGAUUAUGCUAUACGGAAAGACGAGCCGCCGGUUAUUACUGAAACCAGCGAGCCAGAUGAUGUGGAUCUUUAUGAGCGAUGGGAGAGAUCUAACCGUCUUUCCAUGAUGCUCAUAAAGACUAAGAUCUCUGCUGGUAUCCGUGCGUCUGUCGAUCAGCAUGAUAAUGUUAGAGAGCUUUUGAGGGCUAUUGAUGAACAAUUCGUCAAGUCUGAUAAGGCUCUUGCCAGCACACUGAUCAUUCAGUUCUCCACCAUGAGCUGA